AUCAUAACCUAAGCACCAAAAAAAAACAAAUGAAAAAACUAAACACCAAAAACCUCCUCUUGAUCCAAACCACCAUCAACUCGAUGUCUCUACACUCAAUCAUCUUCUGGGUAACAUUCUUUCUUUCCUUCCAAAUCCACUCCAUCUCAUCCCAGUCCACCCUCUGCCGCACCUCCUGCGGCUCCAUUCCGAUCAAAUACCCACUCAGCAUUGACCACGGUUGCGGCAGCCCCUACUACCGCCACAUGCUCUUCUGCGAACCAAACUCCACCGAUCUCCGCUUUCGCACACCUUCAGGCACGUACACAGUCAAAAGCAUAAGUUACAGUGACCCCCACCUAGUCAUCUCCGACCCGUCCAUGUGGACAUGCCACUCCGACGGCAAACCAGCUCCUCCCUUCAGCCUCGACACAAGCACCCGCUUCUCCCUCUCCCCCAAAAAUGAAUUCCUCUUCCUCAACUGCCAAGAAGACUCAGUCAUCAUCCAACCAAAGCCGAAGUUCUGCGAGCGGUUUCCCGAACGCUGUGAUUCAGCUUGCGAUAGCUCGGCCUAUCUCUGUCGGAAUAUGCCGGGGUGUAUGGACGCGUUGGUCGAGAGGAGGAUAAGCUGUUGUUCUUACUAUCCUAAGGCUUCGGCAUCAUUGAGGAUGAUGAUGAGCCAUUGUGAAGGGUAUUCGAGCGUGUAUUGGAGGGACUUAGAAUCAAGCUUUGGGGUGUAUGAUCAAGCGCCGGAGUUUGGGGUUAGGGUGGAUUUUGAGAUACCAGUUACUACUCGGUGUUUGCGUUGUAGGGACCAGGAGAAGGGUGGAGGUACUUGCGGGUUUGAUACUACUGAAGGAAGUUUCUUGUGCUUGUGCAAAGAAAGGAAUGCAACAACUUUUUGCACAGAUGGAGGAUUUGCUCACAAGAGAUCAGCUGGACUUAUUGCUGGGACAGUGACUGUUGUUUCAUUUGCUGGAGUUGCUGGUAUUGGAGCCCUUGUUUGGUACAUAAAGAAGAUGCGAACAAAUAAAGUUACUUGUGGGGUACAAACCAAUGAAAAUCGGUUUUUCUGAUAAGAACAGGGUUUGUUACCUAUAAUGAAAAAAAAAGUGACUUGAUAGAUUAUUUUAUAGACUAAAUUUUUCAUUUAAUAUUUUUGAAGUUGGAGAUACCACCAUAUGCUUGUUUCCUCGAUGUGGAGGGGAAUCUGAGGGGAAAAAAUUCUCUCCUUUAAACUCCAAAUCCACCUUGAAUAUGAAUUCAGGUUGUUCAGCUUUUAAGAAAAGACGUAAUACCGUGUAAUACACUGUAUAGUCUCACUGCAAGAAAAAAUGUUAUUUGCGACACAUAAAUGUGUCGCAGA